AUGCGCCUUCGGCUGCUAUUGUCCCAAACAAGCGUCAAUCUACAGCUCACGCCCGCGACCACCGCCCAAUCCACCAAUUUCCCUACAGUCGCAACAAUGGACGCCUCCAAGCAGCCCGUCAAGCUCGUCAAGGUCACCCGAGUCCUCGGCCGAACCGGUUCCCGUGGUGGUGUCACCCAGGUCCGCGUUGAAUUCAUGGACGACCAGACCCGAUCCAUCAUCCGAAACGUCAAGGGCCCAGUCCGUGAGGACGACAUCCUUUGCCUCCUCGAGUCCGAGCGUGAGGCCCGACGACUACGAUAA